AUUCAGUGAAUGCGCUCUUAGCUCUAUCCCGUCCAGAUUCAUCAUAAACCACCACAUUUUACCAAGCUCAUGGGCGCGCAGUCAUGGGGGAUAGGCUCACCCAACUGCAAGACGCUGUUGAUCAGCUAGCACAACAAUUCGUCGCAUGCAUCCACUACAUCAAUCGACAUCACAACCUCGAGACCCUCGGCCCUGGAGACCAAAUCAGAGAUGUAAAGCAAGAGCCAGACCAGCAAGAGGUUGACCCUCACACUGAAGAUGUCUUCAAAGCGUCGCAAGUCGAACUCGCCCAAGAUCUCAUCACGAAAGAACAGCAGAUCGAGCUACUAAUCUCCAUAUUGCCCGGUCUCGACAACAGCGAACAGGACCAAGAGCGAAAUAUCAAGGAGUUAGAAGAAGAGCUCAAGGCGGCCGAAGCACAACGACAGGAGGCUAUUAAGGAGAAAGAAGAUACCAUGAAAAAGCUGGACGCGGUUAUCCGCAGCAUUAGACGCCCUUGAUGAUUUAGCGAGGAAAAUGGAAGUGGGAUAUUGAUACCCUGGUGAGGCGUUAUGGACAUCAACACGUUUCUCUAAAUGCGCUUUCGGCAAAACUAAAAUAAUGUUGACUUUGGUAAUAGAUUCUAGACUAUAAU